UGCAACACAUCCGAAAUAUUUCUAAUGAUUUACAUUCAUAGUUCUCCAAAGAAUUUUAAAAAACGAAUGAGCAUUCGUGAAACUUGGGGAAACCAAAAACUUUUGAACACAAUUCACGCUAGAAUUGUGUUCGUUUUGGGGAAAGUGACAGACGUUGACGUAAUGUCGAGUGCAAAAUUGGAAUAUAACGAAUAUGGCGAUCUCCUUCAGGAGGACUUCCUGGAUACGUACAGGAACCUAUCUCAUAAAGCUAUCGGUGCUCUUAAAUGGUUAAAACAUAACUGUGGACAUUCUAAAUAUGUUUUAAAAACGGACGACGAUAUUUUUGUGAAUAUUUAUCGCCUUGUUCAUCAUAUUCAUAGUAAAUUGGAAAGUAACAAAAAACCAGCAACAAAUUUACUUCUAUGCAAUCAAUGGAUUAAUAUGAUGGUCGUCAGAAACGAAAAAUCAAAGUGGUAUCUGUCAAAAGCGGAAUUUCCUUUAGACAGAUUCCCCAUGUAUUGUUCCGGUUCCGCUUUUCUCAUGUCCAAUGACGUAGCACUAAAAAUGUAUGACGCAACACUAAGGACGCCAUUUUUCUGGAUUGAUGAUUACUAUAUAACGGGAAUGGUG